AUCUCAUAAAUAAAAGACACUACUCGCUUUGAUUAAACCCCGAACGUCUCCCACCGCUCCCUAACCAAUUACCACGCUCAAAGUUGGUCAAUCUUUAACUACUACUACUAGCGCUUAUAAAACCAAGGCCCCGGCCUUCGGUCCCUCAAACUACAAGAACCAAAGAAGUCGGAAACGACAAUGGCGUGCUUCUGUUUUCUGGUUGAUCAGAGGCGGAAGAUGCGGAGGACCAAGCCGGCGGCGGGGUUGUGCGCAAGGUGUGGCGGCGGAGCAAGCGUGGCGGAUAUGAAAACAGCGACGAGAUUUUGUCAUGUGCCGUUUUAUUGGAAGUCACGGAGAGCUAUUGUUUGUACUUUCUGUGGAUCUGUUCUUCGAUGUUACAGAUAAAUGUUGCAGCGAUUCGUUUUGUAUUAUGAUAAAUUAAACUUCAUUUAGGAUUUCAAUUAUGUUUUGAACAUCCUAAUGUUGAUUUCUGCUGAGCUUGUAACAAAGUGGAAAAAAUAUAAUCGGCUGAAAAUAGUUGCUUAUGCCGUAGUAGGAGGAUCAAACGGUCACGAGUUUGGAAUUACGCAAAAUUUGACUGAGGGUAAUUUGUUUUGACGUGAUCGUCAAGAGUAGAAGUUUUGCUGCUAAUCCCACGUUAUUUUGGGUCAAAUUACUAUUUUUGGACAUUUUUAUCCU